GAAUACUCUUGGAUUCCGGGAAGUGUGCUCGUCGGCCCGCGCCAGGAGAGAGAAUUGACCGAUCGACGAAAAGACGAGGAGUGUCUUCGAGCUACGACAAAUAACAGUUUAAGUGAAUCCUGGCAAGAAGCCUGGGAAGACGGAGUAUUAGUGCGCGUUGGUGUAUAGGCGCGUGAAUUUGGCGACGAGGAAGAGGGCCACACGCAUCCUGGGCCCGUCUUCGGAUCCAGCAGGGCCAGAAUCAUUAAAUUGAGGUAGAAAAAUGUCGCUGUGGGCAAAAGCACAGCAGCUGCCCCAGGAGGCACUGCAACAAGUGCGAUCCGUUUAUGGAGAGCACUUUCCUAUUGAAGUUCGUCAUUUUCUAUCAUCAUGGAUAGAAGACAAGAUGUGGACGGAUAUAGAACCAGACAAUCCACAGUAUGAACAGUACAUAGCAAAUUUAGUAGGCUCCCUUAUCCAGGAACUUGAGAAUAAAGCCAAUUCCUUAAAUACUGAAGACCUCUUCCUCACGAAGCUCAAGUUGAUGGAGGCUGCCAAGAUGUUUCGACAAAGAUAUAGCCAGAAUCCAGGAACACUCUUCAGGAUAAUUCGACAUUGUCUGGGGACAGAGAUGAAGCUCGUAGCGCAAGUUGAGAAUCUUGGUGGCGCUUUGAUGAGCAUGGCCGGUGGAAGAGUUGGCCUUAUGGUGGGCGACGCGGUUGCUGAAAUUGCACAGCAGGUUGAGGUCUUGCGACGUCGUACACAGGAAACUGGUGAGGAUUUGAGGAAGAUGGAACAGGAACAGGAAGCCUUUGCCAUAAGUUAUCAUGAAUGUACAAAACUAAAUGCGCACCUGCAACAUCUAGCAACACAGCCACAAAGUCAGCAGAGCAUAGACUUGGAGAAAAAGAUACGCCGACAAAAGGAACAGCAGGAACAGCUCCUUAAUCAUAAAGUAGCUAGCUUGAUGCAGCUGCGACUAAAUUUGGGAGAUAAACUUAAGGAUACCAUCGCGCGAUUAAACAGUUUGCAAUCACGUGUUCUCGAUGAUGAACUCAUCCGAUGGAAACGGGACCAGCAAUUGGCUGGAAAUGGAGCACCCUUCAACAGUAACCUGGAUUCCAUUCAAGAGUGGUGCGAAAGUUUAGCUGAAUUAAUUUGGCUAAAUAGACAACAAAUCAAGGAAGCUGAAAGACUCAAGCAGAAGCUGCCCCUUGAUCCACCAGGCGUUCAGGACAUCUUACCUACACUAAAUUCACAGAUCACUCAGCUUCUAAGUUCCUUAGUAACGAGCACCUUUAUCAUUGAAAAACAACCACCUCAAGUGAUGAAGACUAAUACGAGAUUCACGAGUACAGUGAGGUUGCUCGUUGGUGGUAAAUUAAAUGUUCAUAUGACGCCACCUCAGGUUAAGGUCAGCAUUAUCAGCGAAGCACAAGCCAAUGCAUUGUUAAAGAGUGACAAAAUGGCUAAAAGCGGAGAAGCUAGUGGUGAAAUUCUUAACAACACAGGAACAAUGGAGUAUCAUCAAGCCACCAGACAACUCUCAGUGAGCUUUAGAAAUAUGCAGUUAAAGAAAAUCAAACGUGCCGAGAAGAAAGGAACAGAAUCCGUGAUGGAUGAAAAAUUCUCACUUCUGUUCCAAUCACAGUUUAGUGUCGGGGGUGGUGAAUUGGUAUUUCAAGUAUGGACCUUGAGCUUACCAGUGGUGGUAAUUGUUCACGGAAACCAAGAACCACAUGCUUGGGCAACGGUAACCUGGGAUAACGCUUUCGCCGAGCCAGGAAGGGUACCUUUCGCAGUGCCUGAUAAAGUUCCCUGGGGUCAGGUCGCUGAGGCGUUGAAUGUCAAGUUCAGAUCAGCGACAGGGCGAUCCUUAACCGAGGACAAUCUUCGAUUCCUGGCAGAAAAGGCUUUUAGAGGUGGUAACACAGGUGGUCAAGAUUACACGGGACUACUGUUGAGUUGGGCUCAGUUUUGCAAGGAACCAUUACCCGAAAGGAAUUUUACCUUCUGGGAGUGGUUCUACGCAGUAAUGAAACUUACGAGGGAGCAUCUACGAGGUCCUUGGAUAGAUGGAUACAUCCUUGGUUUCGUGAGGAAGAAACAGGCGGAAGAAAUGCUUGCAUCAUGCACUUCAGGAACUUUCCUGAUGAGGUUCUCAGACUCGGAACUAGGUGGUGUUACGAUCGCAUGGGUUAGCGAUCAAUCCGAAGUGUUCAUGCUUCAACCAUUUACCAGUAAGGACUUUGCAAUUAGAAGUUUAGCCGACAGAGCCUCUGAUUUACAACACUUGCUUUACCUGUACCCUGAUUUGUCGAAAGAUCAGGCAUUCUCAAAAUACUACACACCCUUCACAGAGAGUCAACCAACCUCAAACAACGGUUACGUGAAGCCCCUGCUGGUUACGCAUGUACCAGGAUGGGGUGGUCCAGGAGUCGGCGGACAGACUCCGUCGCACUCGUCGGUUACAGGAGUUGGCGGUGGUGGUCAGGGCGGUCCUGCAGGAAGUUACCCCGCGACACCAUCCACCAUCUUCCAGGCACAUAGUCCUGACCCAUCCGUCACGCGAGAUACGCCAUCAGUGGCUUCCAGUGGUAGCUACGCUCCAGGUCUCGGCCAGUCUGGCGUCGGUCGUGGCACCUCCGAUAUGGAUUACGUUGAGCUGAUGGGCCACCCUGAGCUUCCCUCGAUCGACGACAAUCUCAACCUGGAUCAGCUGAACGGAUUCGGGUUCUCCGAGUUUAUGCAGUCCUACAACGCCAAGCCGCAAUAAUAGUGAGUUGGAUAUACUGAUGAUGAUGAUGAUGAUGAUGAUGAUGAUAAUGAUGAACGCAAGCAAACAAGCAACAACGUUACUACGAGGGAGCGUAAAUCAAUCUAAACCUCUUCCUGUAUCACCUCUUUUUUCUACUCGCACGUCUCCUCGGAGACGUUCUCACCAAUUGCUCCUUAAUUGCUAUAGUACUUAUCCAUAUCAAUCGGAAAUUGAGGACUAUGCUCUACACAAUGUUUUCUAGUAGCGCCUAGUAUUUUUAGUAAUUAUUAAUGCUAAUUGAUAUCGCAUAUUAUCAGUAUGACUGUAUUGUCGUAUGUUAUUUCACACGGUCGGCAUUGGAUAAUCCUGGUCCACUGUUACUGGACGCUCCCUUGGUAUUAUUAUUGUUGUUAUUAUUAUUAUUAUUGGUAUUGUUAUUGUCGGUGCGUUGUUAUUAUUGAUAAUCGGGAGCGCAGGAUUAUCAGUGAUUGGCCAAUCGCUUUUUCGUGAUGCCAUGAUGUUGAUUAUUGUGACGUGGAUGUAUGCUCACGUCAUGGCAAUCCGAUGCUUCCCUUUGGCCGAUGCUGUGACCUAUAUAAAGCGCGAGCGUCCUUCCAAAAACGUCUUCUAUGCGAAGAGACGUGUAAAAGCUUAUUUAUUCGUUCAUCGUGAACUUUUUAUUUUCUUCUCUCCCGUUUAGUCGUACUCGCGCACCUUCGCCUUAUCUCGCCCGUUGACACCGAUUUUAUUUUGAGUAGAACUUUUUUUUUUCUCGGUGUCUCCCUCUGGAGUCAUGCGAUGAACUGUGGGAUCGUCUUUUUUAUUUUCCUGGGAUCGCUGUCUGAUCUUUGUUUUUUUAAAUUCUACUCUUGGAGGACUGUUGGUAGAAUUAAGAAUCAUUUCUUCCAUGUGUUUGUCACCGCGUAGUUUUUUUUCUUUUAUUAUAUAUUUUUCUCUAUUCGAUUCGUAGCGGGCAAUCUAGCCGAUUUUUGGCGAUCUUCCUCGUCAUAGCCGCGGGCAUUGGGUGUAUGAGUGCUACUGUUUUAAAAAAUAUAUAUAUUAAUUAGUUAAGUAGGAUAACUAUCUAGGACUCGCUUACUUAGUUUUUGUCUUUCCUUAUUUUUCUUGUAAUCGUUCUUUAAUCAUAGCGUCUACAGCCGACAAAGCCUUCGCGCUACGAAGAGCAAAUUAUUCAAUGCGAGCAUGCGCGCGCAACGCCGGAAACCGCAUCUAGCCGCGUUAUUAAAAAGAUGGACCUCGUGCUAAGAGCGAUUCCCCGUGUAUCAGGAUCAAUGAAAUAUUGCCGUCGAUCGUAUGCUAGAACAAGAAUUUUUUAGAUAAUUUUGUAGAGGAAUGGAAAGUGGUUUCCCUAGAUUUUUAAAAAAAAAAGAGAAAGUUGAACUAAACGUAAAUAACCAUCAUAAGAAGAUGGCCAGUGUUAUACACGUUGCCAGAGCUCAAUUGUAAUGAUUAACGUGGGGAUAGAGACAGUGAGUGACAAUGAUAACAGAGUAAGGAGAAUUCCUGCAAUUCAUUUUUUCGACCCGGAACGACUGUUGUACAAAUUUUGUUCAAAAACUAAAUUGUAUGUAUCGCAUGCUCAAAAGAGUUUGAAUUAAGUGGGGGGUACCGUUUCAGUUCAUUAGAGUAACGGGAAUGAGCUUAAAUGGAUGGGAAUUUCUAGAAAUUUGGCUGCAGUACCGGCAAUUGUCAAUUUUUACUCCGUUUUUACUCCCUUUAGCAAGUAAAGAGAUGGUAUGUACUUUUUGACAUGCUGGUAAUUUACUCGCUGCUAAUGAAUAAUGCUAACGACUGCGAACGCAUUGCGAGACAAAAUUAUGUACAAAUGAACAUCGUCACGAUGCUAAUUGAAUUUAUCCUGUAAUCGAAUCAAUCGAUAGAUUAAUAACGGCGUCAGCUCCUUUGUAAUUCUUUGAGUAAUUUGACUUACCGAAUUUUAUAUUGUAAUGUGAAAAAAAAAUUCUUUAAAACUAUUUUAUCAUACGAAAGACUCGCUAUCACGUCUUUUCUGUUUUACCGGUAGAACGAGUGGUACAAGCACGAACUCUAUUAGUAAAGAAUAUGCGUCCAGUUAAAAUCAAGGCUGUUUUGUCCCUCGAGCAAGACUUGUCAUGUUUAUUCUUCUAUCGUACGUUAUACAUAAUAACUCCAUGGACGUUGAAAGUCUGUUAGCCGUUAUUAAUUGAGAUUAAAAGUCCACGAUAAGAAUUGCAACUGUAGAUAGGGAAACAAUUUCGCUCUACGAGCUCACGUUGUUGAGCUCACAGUCUUUUCGACUGUUCUAUAUACAAGUGCCUUACACAAUAAAUACGGAGCUCAACAUUGAUCCUCGCCGAAGGCUUUGUUAGAUGAAUAGCAAGAGCAGGAAGGAUGAAGAGAAAAAGAAAAGAGACAUCGAAAGAAUUUGUAAAAAAAAAAAGUGAUAGAAAAUGUGAAAGCGUAUGAGAGUGAGAAAUAUGUGAGAGCUUUCUAAGGAAAGGUCAGGUCAAGCGAGUGGUGGAAUGAAGAAGCAAAUAAUACGACGGAGUACAAAUCCGUAGAAUGUACAUUAUUAUGCUUCUUUGACACUUCAUUUUUAAAUGAUCCCACGUGGCAGCCUCAUUCUUCCACUUCCGGUAAUCGGGCAACGUAGGCCUCUGGUAGGCGUGAUGCGUGAUGAUUUUCAAUGUCAGUGAUAAAGGAUUAGGUUCGCUAGCGAGUUUUAGAGAUUAAGAAAUUCUAUAAUUAUUAUUGAAAACUGUCAUUGGAGGUAUUGGGAUUAACGGUGGAUGACGUUAUAUUAUGCUUCUUGGUUGUAUGUAUCUUUUUUUUUUUUUUUUUUUCAUUCAUUUAUCACCCGUACAGAUUCAAAUAGGUAAAUGGUUGUGUAAAAUGUUUAUUUAUAAUUUGUAAGUCUUUUUUUUACUGUCAAUAUGCUCUACUAUUAAUCGAACGGAUGAGUAUUUUUUUUUACUGUAACGAGGAUGAGGUUGCACGUGCAUUGACGGAGGAGAGAGAAUGAUUUACCAUUAAUUCGAAGUGCUUUUUAUUAUGUGGAAUGAUCAGAGAUAAGAAAUCAUUGAACGGAUAUGAAUGAUUAGACGCAUCGUUGUCCUUUUUAUAUGUAUCAUUAUAUGAUAUGCCGAGCGGUCGCCGCAGUCUGUCUCGACGUUGGCGUCGCGCGUUACAUGCAAUAUUGUCUAUUGAUCUUUUUAUCAAAGAUUAGAGUUUAUUUUAUUAUCGAGAGAGAAAGUGGAAACACGUUUUACCGUUUGUAUAAGAUAGAUUUCUUACUAUUCGAAUUAUAAUCUAUAUAAAUAAAUGAAUAUAUAUAUAUAUAUAUAUAAACACAAAUUAAAAACACACACACACACACACACCUAAUUUACAUACGAAAGAUAUAUUGUAAGUCACGCGCACUUGUUUGUACGCGCGAUUCAAUAAAUUUUAAGCCUAAUAUCUA